GAGCCGACAAAACAUGCCUAACCAACCACAACCGCGUAAAGCCACACGAGGCCGCGCAGCUCCCAGGUUCAUGGAAAUGUCGGACAAAGUGGAUUUCACGGCAUGCGGUUGGAUACUCACAAUUUUCUCAUAUAUUCUGGCAGUUCUCACGCUCCCAAUAUCAGUUUUCCUUUGUGUAAAGGUUGCACAAGAGUACGAGCGAGCUGUGAUAUUUCGAUUAGGACGGGUAAAACCAGGCGGUGCGCGGGGACCUGGUUUAUUUUUCGUAGUGCCGUGUAUAGAUUCGUACAAGAAAAUUGAUUUGAGAACAUUGUCCUUUGAAGUCCCACCACAAGAGUUACUUUCGAAAGAUGCGGUGACCGUCGCUGUCGAUGCAGUCGUGUUCUUCAGAAUUUCAAAUGCAACAAUAUCAGUAAUCAACAUCGAAGAUGCUGCUAGAUCUACAAAGCUACUUGCACAAACGACCCUCCGUAACAUUCUUGGAACCAAAACCCUUACAGAAAUGUUAUCUGAUCGUGAUGUCAUUUCCCUACAGAUGCAGGCAACUCUUGACGAAACGACAAUCCCAUGGGGCGUAAAAGUCGAACGCGUCGAGAUGAAAGAUGUUCGUCUUCCGUACCAAUUGCAACGCGUAAUGGCUGCUGAAGCAGAAGCGACAAGAGAUGCAAUGGCUAAAAUAAUUGCAGCAGAAGGAGAGAAGAAUGCGUCAACAGCUCUCGCAGAAGCAGCUGAUGUGAUUUCAAUGUCUCCGUGUGCGAUUCAACUUCGUUAUUUGCAAACAUUGAAUAGCAUAAGCUCGGAGAAAAACAACACAAUUGUAUUCCCCUUCCCAAUGGAAAUGAUGUCCCGUUUCAUCAAGCGACAAGGAAAACAUGUUUUGAAAAAAAUGGGUGCGCUGAAGUACAGCUGAAUAUGAAACUCUUUCCGAAUCUUCCCUUUUUUUCUUUCCUGCACGCCAUCGUAUUCAAUGAAUGUGUCAAUCUUUCUACUUCCUUUCUGUCAAAAACUCUUCUUUGUGCACAUUUAUUCAUUCGCUACCACUUUUUCACUCUUAUUUCUUUUAUCCCGGUCUUUUUCUCAAUUGAAUGAAACAAUUUAUAGUAGAA